CGGCUGCACCACAGUGACCUCAGCUGGGACAAAAACGCAUUUUAUUGAUAGACACCAAACAGAUUACAGGUUAAGAAAAGAUCCUGAUCAUGAGUUAAAACAACUUGAUGAGUGGGAAGCACCACCUUGAACUAUUCUUUCUGAGAACCUGUCAGACGAGGGAGUAGUCUCAGGUGUGUUAGAUCGGAAGGGAAAAGCUCAACCAUGAGGGACAGACUGAGCCAACUGCAGGAAAUGUCCAACGGCCAUGUGGAGCCGAUAGAGUAUGCCGAGUCCUCUGCCUCCGGCUCCUUCAGCAAUGUGGACCUGGAGGACGAGCUUACCCACGAGGCUGUGGUGUUCGACAACAACCCUGCCCUUGAAGAGGUCUUCGCCCAGUCUCAGGACAUCCACCGAGAUGUCCAGCUCAUCCGUCUGGAGGUCAAAAGGCUUCGCGAGCAGCACUCCCGUGUGCUUCAGGGUACCACCCGCAUGAGCAUUAUCAAGAGGGACUCCAAUGCCAUUGCUGGAGAUAUCAAGGGCCGUGCAGAGAGCGUACUGUCACGUCUGAAGGAAAUGGACAACACAGCUCACAAGCUGGAAGCAGAGCAUGGCACCAACACUGCCGUCACACGUAUAGCCAGAACACAGUAUGCUUCUCUCAGCAACGGUUUCCGUGAUGCUAUGUUUGACUACAAUGACGCAGAGAUGAACCACCGGGAGAACUGCAAGGCCCACAUCCAGAGGCAGCUGGAGAUAGUGGGGCAAGAGGUGACAGGCGACCAGGUAGAGGAGAUGAUAGAGACAGGCCAGUGGAACAUCUUUACUGAGGACAUAGUGACCGAGGGUAAGACGGCUCGCUCAGCCUUGACCCAGAUUGAGAAACGUCACCAGGAGCUGGUGGACCUGGAGUCCCGCGUCAAGAGCAUUCAUGAGAUCUUCCUAGACAUUGCCCUGCUGGUGGAGGAGCAGGGUCCCAUGACAGCCUCCAUCCAGACCAAUGUUCAGAAAACUGACAUGGCCAUCCAAGAUGUCCUGGUCAAACUUGGCAAAGCCAAACGCCACGAUCAGAAUAACCCCUUCCGGAAGAUGUUCUGCGGCUGCUUCCCUUGCUUUAAAUAAAGGGACUUACGGAGAAAAGCCAGGCUUAGGCACAGUGAAAUGUAAGCAAUCUACUAGCAUGGUAAAUAAAAUGGAAAGAAUCCUCACUUACCAGCUUUUAAAGCAAAUACAUCACCCCAAAUUUUCCAGGAAGUUAGACACAGGCUUGCUGCAAAGAUACUAUGCUUUGUCUAUACUGAGAGAAAAAAUAUACAUAUUUGGGUAAAAUACAUUUUUAAAAUGAUAAAUUCCGCAGUAAUGUUGAAUCAUAAUUUUGGUGUGAGCAUCAUAAACCAGGAUUCAUGCAAAUCAGGUCUGUGAUGCCCUGCAGACUUGGGGCCAUGAAGCAUUAAAAAAUAACUGGUUUGUUUUAGCUGGCUGUUGAAGGAUUUACACGAGCAAGGUUUUUGCCACACAUCAUGUCGAAUGUCAGGAAGUUUUUCUGCGAUCCCAGACAAUUAUUUGAAAAUCAUUGUAUUUAUACGUCUCUUGUGAUUUGACGACCAGAAAUGAUGCAAAUUGUCCUGAUGCAGAAACUGCCGUUAGGUCAAACGUCCCUGCAGGUCAAAUGUCACUGGCAAAAUGGAUUUCAAACAAAUGUUUCUAAAAACACAUGAGACGGAAGUAAAAACACAGUUUUAGAGAAUAAAGUCCUACUGAAGAAUCCAUAAAUGUUUUAAAAUCUCUUUAUAUUCACCAUCCAUUUUUAAAGGCAUGCGUGGUAAAAGGGAGGAGGGACAGCAGCUUUAACUUGAAGCACACAAGAUGACUAUCAGCCUUGAUAUUAUACUGGGAUCAUACAUUUGAAUUAAAGCAUCACAGUGUACAUUAAUGUUGAUCUUUCCACUGAUUGUUUUGUGUUUAACUGAAUAAAAAUACCCGUGAAUUCUGUCUACCAUCAUGUCGUGUA